AUGGACUUCCCAAACGAUGUAUUACAUCACAUAAAUGUAGCUGUAGUUGUGAUGAUAUUAAAAACAACUCAUGGUUAUACUUUUGAAGGCCUCAAUGAUUUAAACGACAAAGACACUGGUAUGUCUGAUGAAAUGUGGGUAAUGUCAGAAAAACUCCAUGAUAUAUUAAUAGAAUGUUUACGUACUGAAGACUCUGUAUUAAAAUUCAUUAACUGGUUUUUCGACGGGAUUCGAAAAACUUUUGGUUCUCGAGAUGAUAUAAAUGAUAAUACUUUAUCACUUCCUGAUGUUUGUUUUCAAUGUGAACAUCCUUAUACCAGUGAUAAAUGGUGUAGGUCUUGUGAAACUUAUUUAUUCGAAGCAAAUUUUCAUAAUUGGUCUACUGGAAAUGUUGAGUUGAAUAAAUUAAUUCGUCAAUCUCAACUAAAUUCUGUAAAUGAUCAAAAUUUCUUGAAAUGGUUUCCUUUCUCUCAAUUUAAACAUUUAAAAGAUAUUGGUUCCGGUGGUUUUUCUUCAAUGUUUUCAGCUCGUUGGUCAAAUGAUGUUUUGGAUGGUACUUUACAACAAUGGGUUACAAAUAUGGAAAUACAAAUAAUUCUUGAUUAUGUUAAAAGUCAUAAUGUACAUUUAACUGAAGAAGAUUGGGAUACUAUCUUGUCGGAAUUUAUGAAAAAAAUGAGAGCAAUUUUUGAAGCUCGUAAAACUUUGAAAUGUAAACCUAUAAGCGAAAAUGAUACUGAAUCUAUAAAGAAUCAUUCUAGUACUUCUCUACGGAGUACACGUACACCUAGUUCCGAUUCUAUACACGCAACUUCAAAGAUGAUUAAGCAUGUGCCGGAAACAACUUCUCCUUUGAAGAAACGUCUUUAUCAAACGGUUGCACUUAAACGAUUACAUAAUUCCUCGAAUAUCUCAUCAAAAUUCAUCAAUGAGUUUAAAUCUUAUCAAUCGGUUUUGAAAAGUGAUAGAAUUCUUCGUUGCUUCGGUUUAACUCAAGACCCCGAAACAAGUGAUUAUUUUUUGGUCUCACAAUACGCAAAUGAUGGUGAUUUAAAUAAUUACCUUCGUCAAAAUUUUGUUAAUAUUGAUUGGUGGCAACGAUUAGAAAUAUUAAGAAAAAUUGUAAGAGGGAUAAAGGACAUUCAUGAUGCUAAUUUGGUUCAUCAUAAUUUACAUGGUGGUAACAUAUUACGUCACAUAGAAAAUUCUUCUUCAAAAUAUUUGAUCGCUGAUUUUGCCGCUGAUAUAUAUAGUUUGGGUAUGCUCAUGUGGCAAUUUACUUCUGGUGUACCUCCUUUCCUUGAUCAUUCAAUUUUGAAAUUUACUUCUUCAAAAAAAGAUUAUUCUACUUCUUUCACUGAAGCUGAAAAAUUUAGACAAAAUUCUUUGACUAAAUCUCCUCAAAUUGAUAUAGAUGAUUCUUUGAAAUUUCCUUCUUCUAAACUUCUUAUUUUUAAUAAUCUUCCUGAACCAAAAAAUUCUGAAAUUACUCUUAAAUCCGGUAUAUCUGAUAUAUCUCUUAAUUCUAAUGAUGGUCCAAAAAUUUCUGAUUCUUCGGAAAAUAAACCACAAG